GUUUAUGAGCUGUAUCAGACAAGGAUCAUAAAAAGUUAAUGGUAUUUCAUCAAUUUGAUUUACAAUAGAAUGCUUUUUUUGUCUUUUAACUAUUGACAUUAAGUUACUCUUGUUUAGUGCUAUUGCUCUAAAAGUAACUCACAGAAAAUGUAAUAAGGGAUGAUAUUUUUGUGAAUAUUUGGGAACAAUAAUAAAUUAUUGUAUAACUUUUUGUAUAUUCUCAUUUUCAUACAAGCUAUUGAAUGGAUCUGCAAUAAUUUCAGGUUAAAUAUUUUAGCAAGUUGAACGAGAGAUAAACAGUACGUCAAGUAUUUCAGGUGUAUGACUACUUAUCAGUUAAGUUAUUUUAGAUUAUUGAAUAUAAGAAAAGCUUCCAAUUAUCAUGAGUAAAGACACAAAAGUUAUACGUAUUCCCAAACGUACACCAAUAACAGAUGAUUAUGAAAUUACUAAACAAGUGCUUGGGUUAGGAAUAAAUGGAAAAGUUGUAGAAUGUUUCUGUAAAAAAUCGAAAGAAAAAUAUGCAUUGAAGAUUUUAGUUGAUAGUGUAAAAGCAAAAAGAGAAGUUGACUUACAUUGGAGAGCUAGUGGCUGUCGUCAUAUUGUGAACAUUAUUGAUGUUUAUGAAAAUAAGUAUAAUAACAGCACAUGUUUGCUUGUAGUAAUGGAAUGUAUGGAAGGAGGAGAGCUUUUCCAAAGAAUUCAAGAUCGGACAGAUGGUGCUUUUACUGAAAGAGAGGCCGCCCAAGUUAUGCAUGAAAUAUGUAUAGCUGUCAAGUAUCUACAUGAUAAUAAUAUAGCUCACAGAGAUUUAAAACCUGAAAACUUACUUUAUUCAAAGAAAGGGGCUUUUGGUGUACUUAAACUUACUGACUUUGGAUUCGCUAAAGAAACUUUAACCAAGGACACACUUCAGACUCCAUGCUAUACACCUUAUUAUGUUGCUCCUGAAGUAUUAGGACCUGAAAAAUAUGAUAAAAGCUGUGAUAUAUGGUCAUUAGGUGUAAUUAUGUACAUAUUGUUAUGUGGAUUUCCUCCUUUCUACAGCAAUCACGGACUGGCAAUUUCACCAGGAAUGAAAAAACGAAUUCGAAUGGGACAGUAUACUUUUCCCAAUCCAGAAUGGCAGAAUGUUAGCCAAGAUGCUAAAGACCUUAUCAGUGGGAUGCUAAAUGUUGAUCCCUCUAAGAGAAUGACCAUAGAUCAAGUUAUGGGCAAUAGAUGGAUUGCACAAUACACUGCGGUUCCCCAAACUCCAUUACAUACAAAUAAAAUGUUGAAAGAAAGUGUGGAAAUUUGGCCAGAAGUGCAAGAAGAAAUGACCCGUUCGCUAGCAACCAUGAGAGUAGACUAUGACCAAGUACAAAUUAAAACAUUGGAAAAUUCCAACAACCCCCUUCUCAACAAGAGACGCAAGAAAAUUUUAACUUCUGAAAAAAUGUGAAUAUUGUGGUUAAUUUUUACUUGAAAACGUUGCCAUGGUAUGCCAUAGUGUUUAAUGUAUUACCUUGAAUUUUAAUAAUAAGCUUGAGUGCAUUUACAAGAAAUUGUAUUAUUUUGAAAAGAAAAUUAUCUUUUAUGAAUUAUUUCAAUUAUCUUCAAGUAUUUUAAAUAUAUGUAGAAAAAUUCAUUUGAACAACUUUCAUAACUUUUUGCGUUAUGAAUUUAUUUAGCACAAGUGUCCUUAUGCUGUCAUUAUUUAGAUAAAUUUACCUCAAAUUUCUUGGGAUAAUCAGGUUAAUGCUUAAUAAAACUAUUUUUAGUAAAA